AUGGAACAUGAAGAUGAUAUGUUAUUAGUUAUAAUUGCCAACGAAAAUAGCGUUGAUACAGAAAUUAAAACUGAAGUGACAGACGAAGAAAUUAAUGAGUUGACUGUAAGAGAUGUUAUUGAUACUGCUAUAACUUAUGGCGAAUUAAUAGACUUAGAAGAAACCUUCAUAAAGGAAGAACCACCAGACACUGACUCAGAAAAUGUUGAAGAACCUCUAAAAAAAAAUAUCAAAUCCAAAUAUGGUAAGAUUGACACAGAAAACAUCAAUAAUGACACAGAAAACAUCAAUGAUGACACAGAAAAUAUCAAUGAUGACACAGAAAACAUUGAGAUUGACACAAAAAACAAGGAUGAUUUUGAAUACAGUGGGGAUGACACAGAAUAUCUACCAGAGGAGAACCAAACAAGUGAUAACAGUGAUAGUGAGGAAAAAGAGAAACAUAGAUAUACCAUGGCAAAACCUUGGGAACGAAAGUCUUUUAUUAAUGAUUUAAGGCAACAAUAUCCUGAAAUUAGACGAAAUAAAAAUAAACUAAUUAAAACACUUUCAGAGAUAAUGAAAAAUGUUAAACCACCAGCACCACCUUUAGAUUACUAUCUUAUGAAUGGUAUUAUGCUAGAGUGCAUUUAUUGCCAUAGCUUGUCAGAAACUAUCCCAGCAGCAGGUCGCCACUAUCAAGAGAAGCAUGGACCUCGUUAUCUGAUCUGUUACGCUUGUGGAGUUGACUUUAGAAGUACUACAAAUCUUUAUAAGCAUGAGAAGCGAUGCGUCGCCCCUGAUGCGGACAUAGUUUUGGCGGCAAGGGCAUUAUGCUUGGGUAGAAACGGUCCGAAACGGCCCUAUCCACCAAUAUUUGCAUCAAAUCCACGGAAGUUCACCUGUGAGAAGUGUUCAGCUGAGUUCACAUCUAAAAAUAACCUCAUGUUCCAUGAGCAUUUACAUCUGGGGAUUCGUCCCUACCGUUGCCAUUUUUGCCCAUCUGCUUACACAUCAAGAACUGCGCUAGUGCGCCACAUUAAAAAGCACAGCAACGUCGAGUACAUAUGCGACCACUGCCAGCGCUCGUUCAAAGUGAAGGCGGCGCUAGUGACGCACUUGAACACUCACAGGCCGGAAAAGCGGUUCGCGUGCAACGAAUGUGACAAGAGGUACGCGCAGAAGUUCGCGUUACAGCUGCACGUGGACAGCUGCCACCGCAACUUGCCGCCGCACCUGCCCUGCCACCUCUGCGACAAGAGGUUCCGUCGGACUUCGGUCCUCAAGGAGCACAUGAAGAAAGCGCAUGGAAUGGAACUGAUAACACGCAAGAUGUUCUACAAAACUCUUCCACAUCUAACAGAUACGCAAAUUAAAAACGCUAAGAUUGUGCGCAAGAGUAAAGACGGGAUUGUAGUUGAAGGACAAAGUGAUGAUAAAGGAAAUGAUGAGUAG